UUCCUCUUUCCAUAUCUCUGUUAUUUUUUUCAAUUUCACUCUCUUUUUAGCAGUUUCCAUUUUGGAGUUCCUUUUAAUUUUCAUUAAUUUCAUUUCCUUUUUUCAACUCAAAUCAUUGCUACUACUUCAUAGUCAGUCACAGCAAUCACUUCUUGACUACUAUUUUUGGUGUGAGAUUUUGGGCUAAGAUCAUGCAACGUUGACUCGUUGACUUUAGCAACUUUUUCAGAUUCUUGAAAAGAUUUAUUAUUCUUUUUCUUCAGGUAUUUUCCCUGUUUGGGAAAAAUCGGUAGCUUAAAGAUAGAUUCUUGAUGCUGUUAAUAAGAAAGGGGUGAUGAAAAUCAGUGAAAUUAUCUCUCAUUCUCAACUAUUCAGUUGAAGCAUAUUUUCUGAGAUUAUCGGCUAAGAACACAUAGCGUUGACUUAUUGACUUUAGCAAUUUUGCCUGAUUUCUUGAGGUAUUUUCUCUACUUGGGGAAGUGGGUAGCUCAAAGAUUGAAUUUUUGGUGUUGUUAAGAAGAAGGGGUGCUGAAAAUUAGUGAAAUUUCCGAUUGUCUCAUUCUCAACUAUUCAGUUCAAGCAUAUUUUCUGAGGCUGUGGGCUAAGGUGACAUAGCGUUGACUUUUUGACUUAACCAAUUUUUUGCCUGAUUUCUUGAGGUAUUUGCUCUGUUUGGGGAAGUGGGUAGCUAAAAGAUUGAAUAUUUGGUGUUGUUAAGAAGAAGGGGAGCUGUUUUUUAAGUAAGUUGUGAAAACUAUAUAUUGGGAAUCUGAUAAAAGGUUGACUUUUUUAGCCUAUCCCUUGUCCAUUUGAGGUGAUAUGUUUCUGAUUUUGUCUUAAAACUUUACUUUGAAUGGUGAUUUUGGAAUAGAGUUAACUAUUUGGUGGAAUGAUUUUUUUUUGAUGCAAGGAUUUGGAGUCUGAAAUCAUUAAAUGUUUGAUCAUGGCUGGGCUUAUUAGUUAUAUUCUUGCUCUCUCAGGGAUGAAUUUUUGCUAGUAAAUUACCAAUUAAGUUGGACUAAUGGAGAGUGGAAACGAGCUUUCGUCAUCCUUGAGUUUUGCUUCAUCUUCUUAUGUAUCAAACGGUUGCAGUAGCCCCCAAGAACCAGGGCCAAAUCUUGAUCUUUUGAGUAAUCUAAGUGGUAGUCUUGAGAAACUCCUGCUUAAUCCUGAAUAUGACUAUAGCGAUGCAGAGAUAGUCGUUGAGGGGAUUAGUGUUGGUGUUAAUCGCUGUAUUUUGGCUGCACGAAGCCAGUUUUUCCACGAAAAGUUUAAGAAGCACAAUGAGAAUUCAUCGAAAGAUGAAAAGCCUAAGUAUUUUCUGAAGGAUUUGGUGCCUUUCGCCUCAGUUGGCUAUGAAGUAUUCAUGGUCUUCUUGAAUUAUUUGUAUACUGGAAAGAUUAAGCCUUCUCCUCCAGAAGUUUCGACUUGUGUUGAUAAUGUGUGCGCUCAUGAUGCUUGUCGCCCUGCCAUUAAUUAUUUUGUGGAACUCAUGUAUGCUUCAUCCACCUUUCAAAUCAACGAACUCGUUAUGGUAGUAGAGCGUCGUCUUGUCAACUUCGUUGAUAAGGCUACUCCAGAGGAUGUAAUUCCUAUACUUUUAGUUGCCUUUCACUGCUCAUCUAACCAACUUCUUGAGCACUGCAUCCAGAGAGUGGCACGAUCUGAUCUAGACAAUGCUACUCUUGAGAAAGAACUCCCUCAUGAAGUUUUGACUGACAUAAAAACAAGGCGCCUCAAGUCUCGACAAGAACUUGAAAAUGAUUUGAUAGAAGUGGACUCCUUGAGUGAAAAGAGAAUUAGGAGGAUUCUGAAGGCUCUGGAAUCCGAUGACAUUGAAUUGCUUAAGUUACUUCUUGAAGAGUCUAAUGUCACUUUAGACGAUGCUUGUGCUCUUCAUUAUGCAGCUGCCUAUUGUAACUCCAAGGUUGUGAAUGAGGUCCUCGAGCUGGAUUUAGCUGAUGUGAAUCUUCAGAACUCCCGAGGAUAUAACGUCCUUCACGUUGCUGCUAGACGAAAGGAGCCAUCAAUAAUAAUGGGACUACUUGAAAAAGGAGCAUCUGUCUUGAAUACUACACGGGAUGGAAACACAGCACUAUCUAUCUGCCGGAGAUUGACUCGGCCAAAGGAUUAUAAUGAGCCAACGAAGCAAGGGAAAGAAACUAAUAAGGACCGCAUCUGCAUUGAUAUUUUGGAGAGAGAGACGAUUAGGAAUCCUAUGGUCGGGAUCAUGUCUUCGUCAUCAUUGGUGUUGGCUGAUGAAUUACUCAUGAGGUUGCUUUUAUUUGAAAAUAGAGUGGCAUUGGCGCGAAUGUUAUUUCCUCAUGAAGCCAAGCUGGCUAUGGAAAAAGCACAUGCUAAUUCGACGUUGGAGUUUACUGGAAUUUCAGCAACAAAUGGCUUAUCUAGAAAUCUGAGGGGGGUUGACUUGAACGAAUUGCCAUCUGAGCAAGUGAAAAGACUCCAAGAACGGUUGUGCGCACUGCAGAAAACAGUGGAGACAGGUCAACGUUUCUUCCCUAAUUGCUCCGAGGUUUUAGAUAGAUUACUAGAGGACGACUUGCUAGAUUCCUUAACGUUGGAAAGAGGCACCGCUGAGGAACAAAGAUUAAAGAAGAUGCGAUAUACAGAACUCAAGGAUGACGUUAUGAAGGCAUUCAACAAAGACAAAGCUGAAAAGUAUUGGGAAGGCUUCUCUGCAUCUUCCUCCUCCUCAUCGUCCCCAAAGACUAGGGUUAGCCACAAGAUUAGGAAGAAGUAGCUUGUUUAAGGGCAGCCCGAUGCACUAAACUCACGCGAUGCGCGGCGUUCGAAGAAGGGCCGGACCGGAAGGGUCUAUUGUAGCAACCUUACCCUACAUUUCUGCAAGAGGCUGUUUCUACGGCUCGUACUUGUGGCCUCCUAGUCACAUGGCAGCAACAUUACUAGUUACGCCAAGGCUCCCCUUCUUUUGGUAGCUUGUUUGUAAAGAAGAAAUUGUAUAAGUAACAUCUGCAUACAAUUUAGGUAAUCACAUUGUAGUAAGGUAUAUAGGGGAGGGGAUUGAUUGUGGGGGUGAAGGAAUGAUUUUUAUUUCUUGUUUUCCUAUGUUACAUAUUGUGAAUUGCAAAUUGUUUAGUUUAUGGUGAUAUAUACAAAAAGAGAUCUUUAGUUUAGAGCA